CCGUCCCCGCCGGGCAUGCAGCGGCUGCUGCGCCGCCUGCUCCCCGCGCUGCGCCCCGCGCUGCGCCCCCGCGCCCUCCCGGCCCCGCCGCGGCCCAUGGCGCUGCGCCCGGCGGCGGCGGCAGCGGGGGGCGGCGGGUCCCCCCCCGCUGGGUCCCCUCCCCGGGAGCACGAUGGGCUGGAAAAUGUACAGCAGAAGAAGAAAAUCUUUGCCGAGAUUAAAAAAACGACAAAACAGAGAAAAAAGCCAUGUCCGUCUGCUGACUCAGUAGACUCUCUGAUGGCAGAAAUGCCGUUUGCCAACACAGAUAUUGAAGAUGAAUUUGCUAUGCAUGAAACCUCUGAAGUAAAUACAGAAAAGAAAAGAAAGAGGACUACUGGAAGGGAAAUUCCAGAAGGCAGUGAGAGAAAGAAGAAAAAGAAAAAACAGUAUCAGCCAAAUUAUUUCAUUUCUAUUCCAAUUACUAAUCCAGAGAUUACUGAUGGUAUUCGGGCCGUCCAAGAUGCAAUAAUACAAAAGGAUCAUAGGCUUUCCAAAGCAAUGGUUCGCUGCGGCUCGUUGCAUGUCACCAUGUUGGUGAUGCAUUUAUCCGGUGAAGAAGAAAUUGGCAUAGCAGUUGAUGCUCUUUCAAACAGCAAGGAUUUUGUAGAAGAUCUCCUAAAAGGAAAAACAGUGGACUUGUCUUUUCAAGGAAUUGAUCAUUUCAAAAAUGAAGUUGGAUUUGUGAAGUUGACAGAAAAUGAUCAUACAGCUAUACUUACAGAAAUAGCAGAGACUAUGAAGAAGAUAUUUCAAGAAAAAGGCAUCUUGGCAGGAGAAGGAAGAGCUUUUAAACCCCAUCUGACUUUCAUGAAGUUGUCAAAAUCAACACAGCUACGUAAGGAGGUGAAAAAAAUUGACUCAAGCCUAUAUGAAGAUUUUAAAAGCCAGUAUUUUGGAGAUGAAGUCCUUCAUCGCUUAGAUCUUUGCUCCAUGUUGAAAAAAAAGCAACCCAAUGGCUACUACUACUGUGAGUCCUCUGUUUUUCUUGGUGAAAAACAUGCAGCAGAGCCAGAUGAUGCAGAGCUGGUGAGCCUCAGCAAAAGGCUGGUGGAGAACGCAGUGCUCAAGGCUGUACAGCAAUAUUUAGAAGAAACGCAAAACAAAACCAGACAGACUGAUGGAAGCCCUGUGAAAACUGAGGAAGCAGCUAGUGGCACUAAGAAUGAGAGCGACAAUGACAACAGCAAGUGAGCACUGUGGAAAAGCCCAGGAGCAAAUAUCCCACCGAGAAUACCCACAAAAACAUGUCCCGGCUCCGUGCUGAAACUUGCUAAGUGGUGCUGGGUGACAGGCACUCUGCUUUGUGAGUCUCUUAUCAAAAGUUUGUUCUGAACCGAAGGACACUGCCGACGGGUCUAACAAGUGCUGGCGUUGCUGAAAAUCUGUCGAGUGCUGAGAGGGAUGGACUGUGGAAAAAAGGCAAGAAUGGUGAAUCAGACAGCUCCAGUCUUCACUGGCUCUUCACCAAGAGCCCCUUCCUUGCUUUUGGAGAGAAACUGAGCCCUCUGUGUUUGCCUUUUGGGUUGUAAUGAAUGGCCACGGAAGGGGCCUCGCCAUAUGUGGAAACAAUGCCCUCCGUGCUGCUUGGCGCUGCCACAGGGCUGCUCGCUGGAUGCGAGAGCACAUUCUGUUUCGUAGUCAGCGGCAGUCAUCCCAGGCUAAAAAUUACCACUACAGAUAUUCCUCACAGAUACUAUUACACAGUAUGUAAUAUAGCAGGAGUUUCUCUUAAAUGUGACACCGUUCUGUUCUGUACUUUGUGGUAACAUUUGUUGAUGCAAAUUGUAUUUUUUUUUGACAGGGUACCUUUUUAUAAAAAACCAAUAUGGGAAAAAGCACUUAAUACUGUCCAAAACAGAUAUGAUCUCUUUUUCUCUGUACAUUAAUGAUUCUAAGUGACAUUAGUUAUUACAAAACAUUAUAUUGUUCUUCUCCUCUAGGAAAGAACCGUGAAGCAGACUUAGUAAAGGAAGCUUUGCACAGAGAAACACAGGCCCUGUUAUCCAGACUGAAUCAGAUAAAGGAGCUGUUAUCCAGUCCAGAGAUCCGCAUGAAAAUUAGCAAAGAAUUGUUUGAAGACAGGCACAACUCUAACAGUAAAUGGAAAAGUUGUAUCAGCUCUGGAUCGCCAAGUGCAUGAUUGUAAAUUGCUGUGAUGUGAGAUCUCACCAGGUUGUUAGAAGAUGAAAAACAUUUCUUCAAGAAAUUUUCUUAUCCCUGUUCAUCUUUUUUUUUUUACUGAAAAUAACGCUUGGUGUAAAUGGCUCAUGAGGAAUAUACUGAAGUACUUGCACAGGAGUAUAGUUCAUCAUUAAAUACAACUACUCCUCAGCACCACUUUGAAACACAUGUGAGUGUGCAGGUAGACAACAUGAUUCCAAAGUGGAAAACUACUGGCGUCAAAUAAAGCUGAGCAAACACUGUGCCCUUCCUUUAUCAUUGUGAAAAAUUCAGACUUUUCUCAUAGAUUCUUUCUCUAGCAGUGAUAUACGAAUAUUAAAAAUAUAGAUGCUUUUAAAUACUUUAACGUGUGUAUUUGAAAAAAGCUCUUUUAAUUAUCUGCCUUUUGUAUACAUACUGGCAUUUUGGGUUAGCACUGUCUAUUUUUAUUUUUUUUUAACAGCACUUGAAUACAUGUAUAGAUGCUGAUAUGCUGUUUCUGCUGAUGUUUACACUAACACAAGAAUGUUUUAAAUUUCAGAAUGAAAUUCAGACUCCACUGAUCUCAAUGUCAAACUCUUGUUGGCUUUAAUGGAGUCAGGAUGCUGCAAUUAAGAUCUCAUGAAAAUAAUAAUAUUCCUCGGGAUGAUAUUUGCCUUUUCAUUUUUGUAGAAGUGUUUUAUGUUUUAUGUUUUUGAUGUCUCCUCCAUCUCUACCUUCGGUUGCCUGGGGUGGGGUGUCAGUUUGCUCUGCGGGGUGUCAUUGUUCCCUCCAUAAACCCACAAGAUUCAGCGAAGCUUUGGAUGUACAAUGCAGGAAUAGGUCCAAUAUUUGAACUUUUUAUAAAUAUUGUUUUAAAUUUCCUCUGAUGAUGAAAGUUAUUUAAUACGUUGUGAUUGGUAUCGGUUUUGUGCUGUUAGAACAGCUGUGUGCAUAUUCUUCAUUGGUCUCAAGCACUGGUCAUUUAUCUCAUGCUUCAUGGCUUAUUUUUUUUUCCUCAUUUGAUAUAUAACAGUAUAUUCUGAAAUGUCUCAUACAUUUCUCAAUCCAUGCUCGCAAUAAAGUAUUUCUUCCUUUGCA